AUGCAACAUUUCAGUAACUUUUAUGACAAAUCGAUGAUGAGCGAAACCGAAUCUGAAGAUAAAUUCACAUCCACAACGUCUGCGUUCAGAGAAAUUAUUCCUAAAAAUAAUAGAGCAUGCGCAGUCUCGAAAUGCGGAUACUGCGGUGACGAAUGUACCGAGUCACACAAGAAACUUCAGCCGUGUCUUUUUUGCGGAACAGUCGCUUAUUGCUCAAAAGAGCAUCAGCAAGUUGACUGGAAGACUCAUAAGAUGGUUUGUAAAGCAGUGCAGGAGAAAGGAAUUGUACCGUUCAAUCCAACCGAGCCAUCGACAUCAAAGGAUGUUGCGAUUCCUCAAAGCAUUGUCGCAAUUCCACAAUUUACGAAUCUUGGUUCCGACUCGAUCCAGCUUUCAAGUUCUCUUCCGAAUCCCACCAUACCACCGUUUUCGGGCGAAUCUAGUGCAUUCCGGCCAUACCGAAGUACGAUAUUUAAUCCGCUGAUUCCAGCAAUAUUAUCAUCAUUGAGUGGCAUUAACUGGGACAAGAUCUCAAUAAUCUCUCCGCCAGUGGCACCACCGCAGCCGCCCCGUGAGAUUACGGUACCAAUCAGAGUUAUCACGAAGAAUGAGCCAAAGACCGAGCCGAAGAGCGAGCCGAUGGAUGAAGGAGAGAGGAUUAUUGAGACUGAUGAUCCGGAUAUCCAGAUCAUUGAGGGCGGUAGCUCUUGCCAAAGUCGUAACCAUGCACGGGCCAGGAAGCGCCCAACUCCAACUGGGUCCGCAGAUAUUCGUCCCAAGUACAAAGACCAUAACAAGAAUCUCGUUUAUUCGACGACGAUACAAGAACACCAAAAGCAUUUGCAGAACAAGGGACUCGCUCUGAAUCUACAUCAGGCGAUGAUUCUUCGUCUGCGCUACAUUUCCGAACACGUGAUACGCAGUCUAAACGAGUUCGGCUGGGCAGUGGUUGACAAUUUCCUUGGAAAAAAUCACACAAGAGCAACUGCACAAGAAAUCGAAUCAUUGUAUACACGGGGUCUAUUCAGCGCUGGCCAGCUGAUGGAAGCGAAAAACAAGGAUGAAGUGCACAUCAAGGAUAUUCGAUCAGAUCGGAUCUACUGGUACGAUGGUAAUGAUCCUCGUGCCCAUGGUGCAGACACAGUCCGCCUUUUGAUCUCAAUGAUCGAUUCCGUCAUUCAACACUUUAAACAAAGAAUCGAUUACAACAUCGGUGGCCGAUCAAGGGCAAUGCUUGCUAUUUAUCCCGGAAAUGGCACGCGUUAUGUGAAACAUGUUGAUAAUCCGGUUAAAGAUGGCCGGUGUAUUACCACGAUUUAUUAUUGCAACGAGAAUUGGGAUAUGGGAAAAGAUGGAGGAACAUUAAGACUCUAUCCGGAAACAUCGAUGACGCCGAUGGACAUCGAUCCAAGAGCUGACCGCCUCGUCUUUUUCUGGUCAGAUCGCCGCAAUCCGCAUGAAGUGAUGCCGGUGUAUAAGCCGCGAUACGCCAUCACCAUUUGGUACAUGGACAAGGAAGAAAGAGAAAAAGCGUUGGCUAGAUCAAAGGAGGAAGCAGCUGCGAAGAAGAAGGCACAGCUAUCUGAAGACGCUCUGCCCGCAAAGAAGAAUCUCAGCUCACAAGACCUAUCAAGUAUCGAUCUACGUCUAUUCCAAACAACCACAUCAGCGCCGGUUUUGUCUCAGGAGAACGAAAAAAUUUCUGCCGAAAACGAGGUCACCACUGUCGAUUCUGUCAGUCAUCAAGCCACCUCGACAGAUUCUGGCAUUUCAUUGUCGAAUUCGAAUCCCUACCGCUCUUCAAGUCUUCAAUCCGUCUCAGAUCAAUGCCAGGGCGAACGUAGUGGUGAACGUCGCAGCUCGACAAGUAGCGAUACAGUUGACUUCGAAGUUGAUCUGACCAAUUCCGUUUCCACUUUUCCCAAUCCGGAAUACCAAAUCUAA